GGGGCUGAGGCGACACUCGGCAGCCGCGCAGGCCGGCAGAGCCCCCGGCGCCAUGGCGGAGCUGGAGAGCCUGGCGUUCGGCAAGGCGGACUUCGUGCUGCUGGACUCGGUCUCCAUGCCCGAGUUCAUGGCCAACCUGCGGCUGCGGUUUGAUAAAGGACGGAUCUAUACAUUUAUUGGUGAAGUGGUGGUUUCUGUGAACCCUUACAAAAACUUGAACAUUUAUGGUCGUGACAUGAUUGAGCAGUACAAAGGACGGGAGUUAUAUGAGAGGCCCCCUCAUCUCUUUGCAAUUGCUGAUGCUGCUUACAAGGCCAUGAAGAGACGAUCAAAAGAUACCUGCAUUGUAAUAUCAGGUGAGAGUGGAGCUGGGAAAACUGAGGCCAGUAAAUACAUUAUGCAGUACAUAGCAGCCAUCACCAAUCCCAGUCAGAGAGCGGAGAUUGAAAGAGUGAAGAACAUGUUGUUGAAAUCCAACUGUGUGUUAGAGGCCUUUGGCAAUGCCAAAACCAACCGUAAUGACAACUCCAGCAGAUUUGGAAAAUACAUGGAUAUCAACUUUGAUUUCAAAGGAGACCCGAUAGGUGGACAUAUCAAUAACUACUUACUAGAAAAGUCCCGAGUGAUUGUGCAGCAGCCAGGAGAACGAAGCUUUCACUCUUUUUAUCAGCUUCUCCAGGGAGGUUCUGAUCAGAUACUACGCUCUCUACAUCUUCAGAAAAAUUUCUCUACAUACAACUAUAUUCGGGCCGGAGGGCAGUUAAAGUGUUCCAUCAAUGAUGGUGCAGAGUUCAAAGCAGUGGCAGAUGCUAUGAAAGUGAUAGGCUUCAAACCAGAGGAGAUUCAAACUGUCUACAAAAUUUUGGCUGCCAUUCUUCACUUGGGGAAUUUGAAGUUUUCAGUGGAUAGUGACACGCCUGUGAUUGAAAAUGGCAAGGUUGUGUCGGUAAUUGCAGACUUGCUGUCAACAAAGUCUGACAUGGUGGAGAAGGCCCUGCUUUUUCGAACUGUAGCUACAGGCCGGGAUGUCAUUGACAAGCAGCACACAGAGCAGGAAGCCACCUAUGGCAGAGAUGCUUUUGCAAAGGCUAUAUAUGAGCGCCUUUUCUGUUGGAUUGUCACACAUAUCAAUGACAUAAUUGAGGUGAAGAACUAUGACACCACAAUCCAUGGGAAAAACACAGUCAUUGGAGUCCUGGAUAUCUAUGGCUUUGAGAUCUUCGACAACAACAGUUUUGAACAGUUCUGCAUUAAUUACUGCAAUGAAAAGCUGCAACAGCUUUUUAUUCAGCUAGUUCUAAAGCAAGAACAGGAGGAGUAUCAGCGAGAGGGGAUUCCCUGGAAUCAUAUAGAUUAUUUCAACAACCAGAUCAUUGUGGAUCUGGUGGAACAGCAGCACAAAGGGAUCAUUGCCAUUCUGGAUGAUGCCUGCAUGAAUGUUGGAAAAGUCACCGAUGAGAUGUUCCUUGAGGCACUGAAUAACAAACUGGGGAAACAUGCUCAUUUCUCCAGCAGAAAGCUUUGUGCGACAGACAAGAUCCUGGAGUUUGAUAGAGACUUUCGGAUUAAGCACUACGCGGGAGAUGUCAUAUAUUCAGUCACAGGAUUUAUUGACAAAAAUAAGGACACUUUAUUCCAAGACUUCAAACGCCUAAUGUAUAACAGCUCCAAUCCUGUGUUGAAGAUGAUGUGGCCUGAAGGUAAAUUGAGUAUCACAGAAGUGACCAAGCGACCCUUGACUGCUGCUACCCUUUUUAAGAACUCCAUGAUUGCACUAGUAGACAACCUGGCAUCUAAGGAGCCAUAUUAUGUCCGAUGCAUUAAGCCCAAUGAAAAGAAGUCAUCACAGCUGUUUGAUGAAGAACGCUGCAGGCAUCAGGUGGAAUACCUUGGACUUCUGGAGAAUGUCAGGGUACGGCGGGCAGGAUUUGCCUACCGCCAAACAUAUGAAAAGUUUCUUCACAGGUACAAGAUGGUCUCAGAAUUUACUUGGCCAAACCAUGACCUCUCUUCAGACAAAGAAGCUGUGAAGAAAUUGAUUGAGUGCUGUGGGUUUCAGCAUGAUGUAGCCUAUGGGAAGACCAAGAUUUUCAUACGGACUCCACGGACACUCUUCACCUUGGAGGAACUGCAUGCCAAGAUGCUUAUUAGAAUUGUCCUCUUCCUACAGAAGGUCUGGAGGGGCACACUAGCCCGCUUUCGGUAUAAGAGGACAAGGGCUGCCCUCACAAUAAUUAAGUACUACCGCCGCUACAAGGUGAAGUCCUACAUCCGUGAGGUCACCCGGCGCUUCCAUAACGUGAGGUCCAUGAGGGAUUAUGGAAAGCAUGUGAAGUGGCCCAGCCCUCCAAAAGUGCUGCGCCGUUUCGAAGAAGCACUGCAGGCAAUUUAUCACAGGUGGAGAGCAAACGUGCUCAUCAAGAGCAUCCCUCCAGAAGAUCUGCCUCAGCUCAGGGCUAAGGUUGCUGCCAUGGAAUUGUUGAAGGGUCACAGAGCAGAUAUUGGGCUACAAAGAGCCUGGGAGGGUAACUAUAUUGCAACGAAACCAGAUAACCCUCAGACCACAGGCUCUUUCAUCCUUAUUGCCAAUGAGUUGAAGAGAAAGGACAAGUACAUGAAUGUGCUCUUCUCAUGUCACGUUCGCAAGGUAAAUCGCUUUAAUAAGGUGGAGGACCGAGCAAUUUUUAUCACUGAUCGACACCUUUAUAAAAUGGACCCUAUGAAGCAGUACAGGGUGAUGAAUACCAUCCCACUUUACAAUUUGACGGGAUUGAGUGUCUCCAAUGGAAAGGACCAGCUUGUGGUCUUCCACACAAAGGAUAACAAAGACCUCAUUGUCUGCCUCUUCAACAGACAGCCAACUAAUGAAAGCAGAAUUGGAGAGCUGGUUGGAGUCCUGGCAAACCACUUCAAGAGUGAGAAACGCCAUCUGCAAGUCAGUGUUACCAAUCCAGUCCAGUGCAGCAUGCAUGGUAGGAAAUGCACGGUCUCUGUGGAAACCAGGAUCAACCAGACCCAGCCAGACUUCACCAAGAAUCGUUCAGGUUUCAUCCUGUGUGUGCCAGGGAAUUAGCAUCACCUCCACUAGAGCAGAGAGCCUUGAAAGGAGACAGACCCGGGCUUAGGUUGCCCUCCCUGUGCCUUGAACUUUUCAAGGGAAUUCAUUUAGAAAUGCUCAGCUGUGACUUGCAGUCAUGCACCUAACCAGAUCUCUAAAGCUAGAGGUUUAUCCAGCCCAAAUUCGAGAGAGUUUCUCUGCCACAUCCACCAGAGCUUAAAAUAGCCAAUCAGAUGUGCCCAGCUUGGCAGGCCUGGACUCAGGAAACUGCUUCUGAGCUAUUCAGCCGAGAGCAUUUACUUAUGGGCACUGCUACACCUGCCUUCCUCCCUUCCCCCCACUCUUCUAACCCUCUCCCACAUCCCCCUCUGAGUUUAUCUCCGUGUCUCAAUCGCACGAUAUUGGGCAGCCUCUGUUGGGACCAAAGACUGGGGCUCGGGGAAGGAGUCCAGCAGUAACGUGACUUGAAUUGGAAAGGCCAAAUCUCCCUUGAAAAGGGAACCAUGUUUGCAAAGGGCUGGAUUCCCUUGCGGAAGGCACAGAACCCACACUCCCCCCAGCCCCUCUCCGUCAGAGCUCCUGUGUCUGUUGCGGGUACCUAUAAACGCAUCUCUAAAAUAAGCCUGCUGCUUUUCCUGUAAGAAGUCUAUUGGCCUGUGAGGCGGGAGGGGGUGGGGGAGCUACACUGGCAUCAAGGGGGUGGAAUUGCAGAGGGCUUUAAGCUGCCUUUGCUGUAUAGAGCAUAGCUGUUGUCUUUCCUAAGUGGUAACUGCUUCCUAAACCCUCUGGAUUCCCAGCCUGCAUUCUCCUUGCAUGACCCAUGUGCAGUGAGGGCUGAGGUGAAUGCUGGCUGAGCUCUCGGCACGGUUGGGUUAAGGUUUCCUUUCCAGGGUCUGUGCAGAGGCUCUGGAAACAUUGAAAUGAUGGGUCCGAGGAGACCCGCCCACAGCUCUCGAGUCUGUAUGCAUGAACUCUGGGCAAUUCCGUCCAAGCAUAGAGAGAAAUCCACAAACCCUGUUCUUAAAUGGAGAGACUCCUCUUCUGCAGCUGACUAGAGACCCUCCUUAGCCAUGCAUUGGACACCUUCAGCCCCUCUGUGCCUCUCUCUGGCCUUCUGUUAGCAGCUGGUGCGUAGCCUGCGUGUCUGUUCCCCGUACCCUUGUGUUCUGUGCCCCAGGUUGGUACAGGGCACUGGUUUCAAUGAAGUGCAGGCUUUACCAUCUCUCCAGUCUCCUCUGCCAGAAUUACUAACCAGCUUUUUAUUUAAUGUCAGUGGAUUGUAUGUCAGGCUUCUACUGUGGUUCUUUAAUGGGGGAGACAGUGACAUUAUUGAGACUAUAGCUGGUCAAUUCGGGCACUGCCGGUCAGGUCAGGAUUCCAGUCUUCUGUGCUGCACAAGGCCUGCCUGGGGGAUCUGUCCCAAUGAGCCCAUCUUAGGGACCUCCAGUCCCUGGCUUCAUUGGAGCAGUUGUUUAGCUCUCAGAUCUGUACGUUUUAGCACCCCUCACCCCCCCAAAAAAAAGGGUGGGGGGGGCCUGAGGAGGCACUUCCCCUCUUCAAGGGCACGGUAGCCAUCCUGCUCCAUAGUGAAUACAAAAUCACCCUAUGAACAGAGGGGAGGGUACGUGGGUCACAACAGUGUCUCUGCCCAGCCACUGCUUAGGAGACUCUGAGAUUAAUUGGUAUCUGGAAUAGAGGAGAGAAGCUACAGAGCUGUGUUUAAUUAGGACAAGCUUAAUUUCCCAUUUUGUGUUUGCCAGAGUCCCUGUGGCAUAGCCCCUUCCUGUGGCUGCUCUGUCCCUUCCCCUGCUGUACAUCGCACGAUUGCAGUGUGUGGCCUCGAGCCAAGACCCACCAGAGCAGCCCAUUGUCAUUAAGGAGCAGGAGUCCCCAGAGCCACCCUGGCACCUGCUCACUCUCAUUGUUCGCUGCACUGGAUGGCAAGGAGAGAGCCUGCGGCCUGGGACGCUCAUGGCCUUUUCAGAUCCCCUCGAUGCUUUGGGAAGAAGCAAUUAUGGCUGUUGGCCAAUGCAGGUUAACUGUUAGCGGCUGCUUUACCAGGGCCUAACACCCCUAGAGCAACAAGGAGCGUGGAAGUGACUACCCAGCCAAGCAAUUGCUCCUACCCAUGCCAAAUGUGUGCACGCGUGCAGCUAGGUUAGCAAUAAGGGGCCUUUACCUCUCAUUCUACUUAUUCCCUGGCUUUUGCUGCUCCACAGCAAAAGAAUGCCAGUUCUCAAGCUGUUGUGCUAGGAAGGAAGAUUUAAUUUGGUUCUAACCCCUAUAAAGCUGUAGAAGAAAAGGGGAGCCCUCCCCAGCCGCUGUGCCUUUCCAUUUGCACUUUUUGCUUUUUUAUGUAAUUGCCCAAGUGCCUCCCCAGUAUCACUAGUGUAGUAGCCACAUCAGUGGGAAGAGUUUUAAUUAGCACUUUGGUACAGUAGCCCUCCGCUGAAAUGGUUGUAUAGAAUCGUGAUGGGUGUGUUUAGGAAAUCUCAGAACACUGCGAGGGGGGGAUAUUGUAUGUGUCUUUAUGAAAUGAAAUACAUGAUUUGUGCCUGUUCUGGUUUAUAUAUAUAUAAUCAUGUUUUUUUGCAUAAAUUAAUUAUUUCUAAAUUGUAUUCUGAUUUUAAGCCUGGGGCAAUAAUGCAAUGAACCUUUUUUAAGUAGUUGAUACUGUAAAAUAUUAAAGGAAAAAGCCCUGCUAUUAUGAAACUGGUUUUUUUGUUUUGUUUACAUAAUUCAAUAUAAUAAAUAAAAGCACUAUUAGUUGCACCCUGA